AAGAAUUAAUGAGUGAUCGCCCUCACUAAUUGGACGAUAUAUUUUGUUAUGGACACAAAUCAUUUUGUCUUGGAGAUUCAUCGAUGACAACAGGAUUGGCUGCUAUAUCUUGAAAAUUGCAGAUUCGGUGUACAAGCAUUCAGGAAUGUGAGGGCAGAAGAAUACGUCCAGAAAGCAGGGGGGGGGGCAGACGAAAUUAUUCCAUCGAGUGACAUUUGUUUACGUUAGGUGACAAAUCGGGGGUUUGACAAAGCCCAGAAAAUGCGAUCGAGGCGUGAUCAUGAACCAAAGAUAUCGUAAUCGUCUGAGUAUUCUCUUUCCAAAAGUAGCCGCGCCGGAAGACUAUACGCGACUGCGUAUCAUCGCAGGGAUCUUUCGCCUCUCACAAUUCAUUCUGAUGCCUGCAGGCUCCACAUGGGCAGAGCUCUUUCGCGCGAUUUUUUAAUGAGAGAAGUGCCGUCUGUCUUCAAAUAUCGUCUGCGAUGACAACAGCGAAGGCUAAUCUCAUUCUCCGUUUGCUCUAAUUGAAUGAUUCUCUCCGCUUUGAUCACAUUUGAAUGUGGAGUUAACUCGAUUCGCUACGACGCGGUAUUUAUUUUUCAGAAGGGCGAAAUGUGACUUAACGAAAUCUUAACAACUAAUAAACGACUGCAAAAUCAAGGAAACGAACGAGCGGCGGCAACGCUUAAGCCGUGUUUUUGAGGCUGUGAUAACUUUGUGGAUUUACCAAAAGACUUUCAGACGGAUUUGUAUUUGUAUAUGGAAAGCUAUUGACUGAUUUUCAGCAUGUCUUGCCGUUUAUUCCCAGUAAAAAGAAGACCAAAGCUUACUAUAGCGCUUCAAAUUACUUUCUUCGACUUGGCGUUGGUGUGUUACAUUUGUUUCUAUUGAGUUGAUCACAGACGCGGCUGUUUUCUUCAUCGAGCUAAAUCAAGCUUAGAAUUGGAAUACGCAUCAGUUUAUCUGUUUUAUUCAUGAAAAUGGGUAAAAUCUAGCUGUCAUAAUCACUGCGGAGUUUUGAAGAUUUGUAAAAGGUUACCUUUCAAAUAUGUCUUUUUGAUAAAUUUGCAAUGAAAAUUCAUGAAUGUCAAUGAGUUAUUUUCGCGUUUUGGAAGCAUGUGGCGAUGCUUUUGAUAAUUACAUCUUAGACAAACGGUCGUCUUGUCAGACACAAGUACAAUUUUAAUGCUUAACGUUCAGUGACAAGGAUUAUGAAUGCUUAUUACCAACUAAGAUAUAACUUUUGUUGAAAAGUGCUUUUGAAGCCGUUUAUUUAACAAAACGGAUUAAUUGGAAAUAUACUUUAAAAGAGGAGGUGCGCGACAACAUCCGACAUUCGCAGGAAAUCUGCUCCAAUCGUCAGCUCGGUGCUUUGUAAGACGAGAAGUUUUAUCUGGAUAGUCAACUCGUCCCACAACAGCACAAUGUCGCUUAAUCAAUACGAGCCGGGUGUCCACUCGUUCGACAUGAACGCAACGUACAGACUAAUAGGUGGAAGCACUUCUACCCAAGACAAUCAAGGUUUAGGAGUGUUGGUGUAUGAUGUAGGUGGGACAAGUCCAUCCGUUGUGAUCAACCGAGGGGCUAAUGCUUCCUGUCCAGAGUUUGGUGAAGCUUGGAAGUGGGCGCCGGUUGUUUGGAAUUGGUUCAAUAUCCUUCGACUGAGUCUGACCCUUGCUGGGAUCAUGGGAAACUCGUUGGUGAUUAUAAUACACAGUAAGUCGCAGAGUGUGCGCGGUACAGACCGGCUGAUAGCAGGACUGGCAGUAGCUGAUCUUCUAUGUUCCGUGUUCUUCACGCCAAUCCCUAGUGCAUCCAGGUUGUCGAACAAUUGGUUGGGUAACAUCUACUGUAAGUUUGUCUUCUCCAAUGUUCUCGUUUGGAUUCCAUUCAUAGCGUCGAUGUACACUCUAUGCAUGAUAUCGCUCGAACGCUUUUUCGCUAUCGUCUACCCGUUCGUAUAUCGUGCAAAGAUAACCCCUUCCCGUAUCAAGUAUGUCUUCAUUCCUAUAUGGGUGCUAGCAUUUAGCGUGAACAUAGGUAGCUUCGUUGUCAACAUGGUGCAUCCAGUAUCGUGCGUUUGUGUCGUCCAUUUUCCGAACCAUAUUGGUAAGAUGAUGCAAGGUGUUCUCCUGUUCAUCACCGAAUACGUCAUCCCGAUUGGCAUCAUGCUCUUCGCGCACGUCAGGACGAUACGGGAGUUACACACCGAGGCACGUGCCCUCAAAGACAAUCGCAUGGAUUCCUCAAGGAUAACCCUCAAUCUGCUUCAAGCGCGGGAAAGGGUCCUUCAAAUGCUCUUUGUCGUGGUAAUGACGUUCAUAAUCUGCUGGACUCCGGACCAGCUGUGUUAUCUCUUUUACAGUAUCGGUAUACUUGACGAGGACUUCCUCCACAGCCGGCUCUACAUGGCGUUUAUCCUCCUGGCCUAUGUUAAUUCUUGUGCCAACCCCUUCAUAUAUACAGCCAGGAACCCAGAGUUUCGGCACGCCCUGAAGGUGUUGUUCAAGAAGGCUGCGAGGGUGCAGCAGGUCUUCAACACCUCAGAGUGGGUGCAUGAUAGAACUGAUGAUAUCAUGAACGAGGUUGGGAAUGGGACUGUAGUCGAAAGUAGGGUAUGAUGUUAAACUUAAAGAAAAAACCUAUUAGUCUAUCAUCCAGGCCUGAAAUAACUUAUCAUAAUUUCAGCAUGAAUUAUUCCUAUUUUUGUAACAAAAUUAUAUUGGAUUCAUUUUUUCAUAUGCUGCAAUGUUACGUGAUAUUUCUAUGUUCUUUUGUACGUUUAUUUUGCCGGUAAGAUAAGAUCGCCAGGAACGUAAAGGUUAUGUCGAUAUUUUUUUUUUCCUGUGUGGUAACUUUAACUUUGGUUGAAUGUUAUUGCUCGGAUCCAGCUCCAUCGUUUUGUGAGAAAUAACAAAAUGUAGGCAAGAAAUGUUCAUUAAGAUUUGAACAAAGAACUGACAAGAAGAAUUGUUUAUUAAACCAAGUUUCUGCUUUGUGGUGACUUUAAAAACAUUAUUCAAAAUAUCCUCUCACUUUUAGCCACAGUUCUAAUAUCAGUAAGUUUGACUCUUUUUUUCGUUUCUGUUUCCAUGUACAUUUCCUUAAUUAAAGUUUGAAAAACGAAACGAAUUAUCCCUUACCAUUCUUAAUGAAUGCAUGUAGGCUAUAAAGCAGUGAUAUUAUAAUACUUCAUAUGAACGCCCCUCCCCCCCCCCCCCCUUGAUACAUACACCUUUAUUUUACAAACUGAAAUCAGAUUCUGUGAAAACCACCAACAAUAGCAGUUUCCAUACAGCAAAGAAGAUCCCAAGAUCCUGCACAUGGCCCCUCCCCAACUACAAAAAAUCUUCUACAACCCCUGCAAGUAAUCUUAUUCGUAGCCACCAGCAAGACAAGGAAAACCAUGGGAAAGUCGCAUCGGCGCGAUUGAUACCAUUAACAAAACCAUUCUAAGAUUUCCAAGAGAUGACAGUCUAGACCUGGACAUUCGAUAGGUUGGGCAUGUCGCGUUGAACUUCAGCAUCUGCCCCUUCAAGUGAUGCGACUGAAAGGGUAGACGCAAAAGUCAAUAUAGUAUGAAAGGGAUUCCGUCCAAGGCAAUCUGUGUUUAUGACUUCAAUCUAUGUUACUAAAUAUCAACCGUGUGUUGUUAUGAUCCAAAGGCUUCUUUAUGUCGGCUCAUUGCAUCUGGUUAGGAUUUCGUUUUGAUGAAGGAAUACGAGAUCGGUUCAGACACUUGGAAAAAUCUUCCGGUGGGAUCAAAUUAAAUAUUGACUACAAAACGUUAUACAAAUUCUCUCCUUACAGUUUGAUUUUGUGAUUUUUUUUUCACACUUACUGUUAAUACUCUUUUCGACUGGCGUUCGGCGAAGGUUGUAUGCAGUUCUUUGGAGAAACAGCAUGGUUUAACACAUUAUUUUUAAAAAGUCAAAUACUGAUUCCAUCAAUAGUUGGAACAAAAUACCAAUAUUAACCAUGUUAACAAAUAUGUUUAUCAAAGAAAUUUGACUAAGUCACCCCCUGUAUUAGAACUACCGGUUUGGCUCUAGCAAACCAGAAAGCCACCCCCCCCCCCUCCUCAAUAGUAAGCCAUUGUAGGUCAAUUCCAGCAGUAUCGGCUCGAUAACCAUGUUAGUAAUGCGAUGAACCCUGAUAUUCAUCAGUUAUUAAUGCGAAAUCCAUGAAUACCAUGUACUCUCCAAGUUACAGAGCAUCAAUAAAUUGGGAACCAAAUUAUUGGGGUUUUUCCAGGUCAGCAUUCUGCAAUGGUCUGCGUUUGAAUGUACCAUGUGUACGGUGGUUCGGGUGGGUGUUCCAGAAUGAAUUAAAUAAACAUAAUUACCAUCGCCAUAUUUGUUGAACCAUCCAUCCAUCUGUUGCUAUGUAAUUCAUCUAUGUAAUUUUGGGUAUGAACAGCCGAUAGUUUUCACAAGAUGCAUGCACAAACCCUCGGAGGCUCGUUCAAAUGCCAAUGUGUCUCAUUCUGCUGUUUUAGCGACCGUGUACGUUCCGCCCAAUCUAAUGUCUUUAAUAAUGUGAUCGGGAUAUAAAUUAUCUUCGUCAGGUUCAUCGGUCACAGGACCAUGAUCUAGAAGAAGAAAUUAACUGAGGUUAAUAAACCCAGGAAUGUCAGGGGUUUGCCGUAUGUUGCCAUUUUCUUGAGGACAUUGACAUUGAAACGAUGAUGGCAUGAUGACUCGUAAAAUUCUACACAGAUCUUAAAGAUCGUGUAAGCCAUCUUUGAAUGUGAUGUCUUUUUUCGUUUUAUUAAUCAAUGGACAGACAGAAACGAUGGAGAUCAAUGUCCUUAAGGUCAAAUAGAUUUACAUCAUUGUAAUCAUUGCAAGGUUGAUAGUAGGUAAGAUUUCUUUCAUGUAUUCGAGUUAAAGUACUAGUACACUGUACGGUGAUAUUGUAAACAGUUUAUAAUGUUCAGCCACCCUGGUUAAACAUACCGGGUAAAAAAGAACUUGGCAAGUGCGUAAAAAGAUAAGCACAGAAAAAAAGAGAUCACAAUGAGCCACGGCGUAAUAUGUGAAUAGUUCCACUGUCCACUUAAAAAAAUCGCGGGAAAGAAACCGAGGUCAAUCAGCAACGAUCAGAUACGUGCGAAGUCGAACGUAUCUGAAGAUGCAUUCAUGUACUAUAAAAAGGGAGAAAAGAAAGGGCUUUAUAUAUAUCCCCCACCCUCCUCGAUGUACUAUUUAGAUGGCGCUUUUUUACAUUGGCGGAAGGUAUGAG